AGCCCCGCCCUCUAGAGCCCUGGCUCGGGGGAGGGACGAGGCUGGUGUGGCCUCUGCAGGGCAGCCACCUGGACCUGCUGAGCGAGGAGCUGGCCCAGAGGGUCCGGGCCCUGAUCGGGCCGCGGGGGGACCACCCGGCCGCCUACUACAACCUCAGCCUGGCGGGCCGCGGCGGGCAGGAGGCGGGCACCUCCCACGUGGCCGUCCUGGGCCCCGACGGCAGCGCCGUGUCCGCCACCAGCACCAUCAACACCCCGUUCGGCUCCAUGGUGUACUCCCCGAGGACCGGGCUGAUUCUCAACAACCAGCUCCUGGACCUGUGCUGGAGGACGAGGCCAGGCGCCCGCGAGCUGCCGGAUCCGGCCCCAGGGGAGCGGCCGCCCUCCCUGAUGGCGCCGUCCAUCCUCCUGUCCCGGGAGCACAAGGCCAAGCUGGUGAUCGGCGGCUCCGGAGGGGAGAUGAUCCUUCCGGCCACGGCCCUGGCCAUCCUGAACAACCUGUGGUUGGGCCUGGACCUUCACGCGGCCAUCGAGGCCCGGAUCCUGCACGUGCGGCCCACGCUGGAGGUGCUCUUCGAGCCGGGCUUCGAGCAGGAGGUCCAGGACGGGCUCGUGGGCCGAGGCCAGCGGCGGGAGGAGGCGCGGUUCUGGCUGAACGUGGUCCAGGCGGUGGCCCAGGAUGGGCGAGGCUGCAUCUUCGCCGAGUCGGACGCCAGGAAGCUGGGGGAGGCGGCCGGCUACUAGGCCCGCGCUGGGCCCCGGCCAUCCCCGGCCUGUGCCCGGAGGCCUCCUCGUGCCGUCCUCGUCCUCCCUGGGCUCCGGAGCCGCUGUCGGGGCCCGA